UAAAUUUUAUUUGGGUUCGACUAUGAUACCAGAAAGACAUGAUGCUGGAAAAAACUUCCAACCAAUCAACCGGUGUCAUAACAAAGUGACCAAUCCGAUGGUAUUCAUCGUAAUUCAGGGGGUGCUUUGAUUGGUCAAAGCUCUUUCCGUGGAGGAGAGGAUUGAAACUUAGUGGUGAAAGUGCAGUUGAAAAAUGUACUUUAGAUGGUGUACGGGGUCUGCGUAUUAUGCUUGGUGCAACUGUUCAUGAUGUGUUAUACUACAUGAGCCCAAUCUACUGCCAGGAUAUAAUCAACUCGGUAUCUAACCAGUUAAACCGAUUAUAUACCAAAUUUAUCAAGAGGAAUCCUGGUUAUGAUGGAAAGGUUUCUAUAUAUGGUCAUUCUCUUGGGAGUGUUCUCUCUUAUGAUAUCCUUUGUCAUCAAGAGGAUUUGUUAUCCCCAUUUCCAAUGGAGUCUAUGUACCGAGAACACAGUAGGAAUGAAGAACCUAUUUCUGAUUCAAUUAAUGAUUCUUUUAAGUGUAAAUUAUCCAAUAUAAGCCCUAUUAUAAAUAAUACCACUUUGAAGAGCUUCAGAGAUACCAUCGAGGAAGAAAGAUUAAAUUCAGUGCCAACUGUAUUAUUUCCAGAGGAAGUAGCUAAAGAUCCUUCCGUAAUUAUGCCCCCCCUGUCAGACACAAAAGAAUCUUCCUCAGGGACAUCCAGUGAGCAUUCUCAUGUCUUAUUUGCAGAGAGUAGGGAUUUUGAGAAACAACUUGAGACAUCAUUAUUGGAAGAUGCUGAUGGAAAGUCUGAUUGGGAAUCCAGUGAUAUGCAUUCUGGAGUAGGAAAUGUCUUGGGCCAUAAAGUUCCUGUUGACAAUUUGUACAAUUUGGUCAACAAUGCACCUGAAGAUACAAGUGAAAAAGACAAAGUAAUCAAAUUGCUGAGGGAAGAGGUAGAUGCCCUUAAAGCAAAGGUAGCAGAACCGGAGUCAAAGUGUCAAGGUCACAAGGAGAUAGGUGCAACUAUUCCAAAGGAACUGCCUUCACAUAAGCUCCCUUGUGAACAAGAUGAAACACAUAAGAGUCAUACACCUUAUAUCAAGUAUACGAAACUUGAAUUCAAGGUGGAUACAUUCUUUGCAGUGGGAUCACCUCUUGGUGUCUUUCUUUCCCUCCGCAAUAUUCGUAUUGGAACUGGCAAAGGACAAGAAUAUUGGAAAGAUGAAGGCAUAAGUGAGGAGAUGCCAGCCUGUCGGCGAAUGUUCAAUAUUUUUCACCCCUUCGAUCCCGUGGCCUAUAGAGUAGAACCAUUGAUCUGUAAAGAAUACAUCAGCAAACGCCCUGUUAUUAUCCCUUAUCACAGAGGUGGAAAGAGGCUACAUAUAGGGUUUCAGGAGUUCAGAGAGGAUAUGGCUGCACGUUCACAAGCAGUUAUGGAUCACCUAAAGGCCGUGAGGGUCAAAGUACUCACUGCUUGUCAAUCUAGAAGUACAGAUGACAUGGAAGCAGAUUCCACAGACAAUGAUCAAAUGACAGAAGAAAGAUCAUAUGGUUCGAUCAUGAUGGAGAGGUUGACUGGAAGUGUAGAAGACCGAGUUGAUUAUGUUCUUCAAGAUAAAACAUUUCAGCAUCCAUAUAUAUCAGCAAUUGGAUCACAUACAAACUAUUGGCGUGACCAUGAUACUGCUCUAUUCAUACUCAAACACUUGUAUAGUGAUAUACCCGAGGAACCCAACUCUCCAGAACUGCCCAGUGAAGGCGGUUCAAAAAGUCAGAGAGUUCCCACAAGACGAUUUUAUCAAAGGGACGACAUGGAUGAAGAUCUUCCCUUAACAUUUUCUGACACGAUAGUGGUUAAGGAGUUCUCAAGAAAAGUAAGGAAAGCAAUGAAGAAGUAAAAAAUAAAAAAAAAAACGCUGGUUCUUCAGUUGAGUCUGUACAACAUGUACAUGCUUCGCUUGAAGUUCCUAUUAACAGUAUUGUUGUGUAAAUAUUACAAUGUCGCUCAUCAUUUUCCUUCAUGCUUUUGUUUCUUCUCCAUAGGCAAAGAAAUAACAUAGGAGUGCCCCCUCUCGGAGUAGGAGUGUAGGACAUAAAUAGACUGAGGACAUAUGUAUAUAUACCACAGUACCACACACCACAUCUGCCUCGAAAUGUAUUAUCAUAUUUUACAAGUGAUAGAAAAUUUGGAAACUUCAUGUGCUAACUGACGUUUUGCUUACCUAAAUAAAGGAUUUAGAAUGUAUUUUUGUUGAGGUA